AUGGUAAUUAACUUACAUAUUAGAAUAAGCAGACAGCAGUUUAUCUACUACGACAUUCAAGGAGGAUUUGAUGGAUUUGGCAAUGCUGGUGGUGGUAAUCAUCAUAAGGUGUAUUACGAUAUUUACGAUGGUCCUCGUACCCCUCCUAAGACCACCACUACCACAACUCAAGAUCCAUUCACAACACCGGAAGAUGUCAUGGAUAUAGAUUCUUUCGUUUUUCAUUCAGACGAAGGAAGUGAAGGAACAUCUCAUUCGACAGUUUCUCCGCCAAAAACAUCUACUUCAUUCAGAAAACAACGAAUCAGUAUUUUAACUCCUUCAACUGCUGGAAGAUCCAGUGCUUCUGUAUCAUUCGCUCGUUCAAUUCCCACUUCAUUCAGUAAACAACGAAUCAGUAUUUUAACUCCAUCUACUGCUGGAAGAUCCAGGGCUUCUGUAUCAUCCUCUCGUUCAACUGCCACCACAUAUUCAUUAAAGCAACAAUCCAGCUCAUCAGUUUCACCGAGUCAGCAUUUUAAUUCGUCUACAUCUCCAGCAUCACAAUUCCUAAACGUAUCUGCUCCCUCCACCAAAGAACAAACCGUCUCUUCUGUAUUCUCUAAUCAGCAAACAUUCAACACUUCCACUAUACUUACUCAACAAUCGAACACUUCUGGAUCAUCCAAUCAGCAAACAUUCAACACUUCUGCUAUAAUUACAACUCAACAAUCGAACAAUUCUGGAUCAUCUACUCAAAAAUCAAACACUUCUGAAUCAACCACUCCACAACAAACAACCACUUCAGCUUCCACUAGUCAACAAGUCAACAUUUCUAUUACACCAACAUCAGCGUCGAUUAACCCGCAAUUCAAUAUUACAGCGUCGAAUACUCAACUAUUAAUUAAUUCAACCUCUUCACAAGCUCCUACUGAUUUCACAUACCCAGAAAUAUUAAGUCCGAUUCCAGUGGACAAAACUACAAUGUAUCGAGGUACCACCAUUUUGCAUGAUAUCCUAUCGUAUCAUUUCUUCACCACCACGACCAAGAAUACACGAGAAAAUACUACAACGUUGGGUUCAAAAAAUCUAACAUCUUCUACAAUCGAUUCAUCUGUUUCAAAAGUAAUGAAACCAACGACACAAAUUCAUCUUCCAACAAAAACGAGAUUUCCACAUUAG